AGGGGGUUUCCUUGGUGGAAGCAGAGCAAGCUAUGCUGCGGCUUUGUCUGCAAGCAAUAGCGUCGUGACUCGUGGGUAUUCUGGAGACUAGACGGGUAUAUGGCCACGUACCGGCCGUUCUUGAAAUUUUUUUAUAUAAAUGGGCCGAAUUGUCCGUCUUGGGAUUAGCAAUCAUCAUCCUCGUCACCGCUCUCGACUUGCAGCGGGUCUGCAUAAGACUCACGCCGCGCUCCAUCGAACUUCGGUCAAUUAACACAGCCAAGAUGACUGUCACCUGCACGCUCUGCGGCGGCAGCUGCGCAGACGAGUGCUUUGCGAAGCACAACGGGGGGGACAACGGCGACUUCUCGUGCCACAACCCCUCGUGCAAUCUGCACAAGGGUAGCACUAUCAACUACAAGAAGAUGAUCUACCCCUGUUCCGAGCUCGGGCGCCUGAAGAGGGAGUCAGGGGCUAACAAGGUCCACUAUAACCACCCCGGCGAUAAAUCUGACGACGUCGGCGGGAAGCGGCGGCAGCGGCGCGCGGCAACGGGGCUCGACAAGGCGUUCGAAGACCUGAACAUCGACGAGGACUCGUACGUGGAGCGGGUGCGGCGGAAGCGGCGCGAGUCUGCAGCCCCCGCCGAGUUCGGCGCCGCGUACCCCAAGUCCGGGCCCAUUUACACCGAGGCCAAGCAGGACCGCGGGCGCGCCGCCGCCGACAAGUACUUUGGCCCGGCCCGGUUCCCGACGCGCCCGCCCGGGUACGACCCCGGCGCCGCUGGAUACCCCCCCGACCGGGUCCGCGACUGGGGCUGCGGCGCCGACACUGCGACGCGUGGCCGUCCGCCUUCCCGUGUUGUUGGUGAUGAUGAUGAUGAUGAUGAUGAUGAUGAUGAUGAUGAUGAUGAUGAUGAUGGCGACGACGAGGCCGCGUACAAGCCGACUCAGCGGCCGGGACGCUCGCGCUCGCGCUCGCGCUCUCGACGGCUGUCUUCGUUAGGCGAUGAUGGUGGUGAUGAUGACAAGCGCCGCUGGAGGAGACCAGGCCAGCCGGACCCAAACGCGCCGUGCUACCGCCGCCCAAGCUCCGCGUACGACCGCGACGGGUUCACGUUCACGCACAUCGGCAAGCCGGACAGAGAGGAGGAGGACAGGAAGCGGAAGCAGGCCAAGUGGGCCCAGGUCAAGAUCGAAAUGCAGGCUCAGGAAAACAAGGAGCGUCGUGAUGAGGAUAGAAAGAGGAGGUCGGGGAGUACAAAAACAGAUCGGCAACCGGCAUACUAAAUUGAUAAAUAUAAUUCGUAUGGUAUAAUUAAG